AUGACCUGGCAUACAUAUUUUGAUGAAAAUAAAGACCAAGAUUGGAGCAUUUGUAAGUUCUACAAAAAUUGGAUACGUAUAUAUGAAGAGGACUAUGAAAACCUUAUCCAUGGUAAAGCUGUAGAUGCACUCGCAAAAAGCCUCCGUGAGAUUAUAAAUAAGAGCCCGGAACCCACAAAAGUACAGAAAGCUAAAAAACUUUUAAAGGCGAGUAUUUGUCUCUAUAUGGAAAUUGUCCUCGGCAAUAAUCUUUUAGAUAAUUGCGGUUGUCCACAACAAGGAAGUUCAACUUUUAGUCGUUCUUCUGAGAUCUUUUAG